AUGAUGAAGGCUCUGUAUUUUCAAUUCACUGCUGGUGUAUUACCAAUGUAUACCGUUACAUUCAUCGGUUAUUGGGCUUACGGGCACUCAACGUCGACUUAUCUUUUAAACAGCGUCACUGGACCUCUCUGGGUUAAAGCUCUAGCUAACAUCUCGGCCUUUCUCCAAUCCGUUAUCUCUUUACACAUUUUUGCAAGUCCGACGUAUGAGUUCAUGGAUACGAAGUAUGGGAUCAAAGGAGGUCCAUUAGUAUUGAAGAAUCUGUUGUUUAGAACAGUAGCAAGAGCAAACCACAUGUAUGUUGUAGCUAUGAACGAUAAGCUUAGUCCUGUUCAAAAGCUAUGGCAUUGGCUUAAUGUUUGCUUCUUUGGAUUAAUGUCUCUGGCUGCUGCUAUUGCUGCUGUUAGACUUAUUGCUGUUGACUCCAAGAACUUCCACGUUUUUGCUGAUGUCUGA